AUGAGUGAACCUGAUAAUCAUCAAGGUCAAGUGGAUGAAAAUCAUGAUUCUACUGUGCCGUCAACUGAUUUCACCGCUGCUCCACAAGAAACUCCACAAUCAAUUGCAGAAGUAAACAUCCCUUCAAAUCAAGAUGAACAACAAAACUCGAAUGUUGUUGAAUCACAAACUUUAGAAAUCCCACAAGAUCAAUCAACCCAAGAGCCAAAGUCUCCUGUUAAAGCUUUCGAAGUUGCUAAGGACUCAAUUACAGAAGAAGAACAACCAGAGAUACAAACUAAUCCUGUCAAUACAACAACUGUAUUACAAGAUAAAACAGAUACUAUAGAAGGUAUUGAUAUCAAUGCAAUUGCAUCAUUCUUGGAAGUCGAUCAAAAUGAGGUCAAUCAAGUUGGUCCAAUCGUGUUACAGAAACUUCAAGCUCGUGUUACUGAAUUUACUGAUCUUAAAUCUGAAAAAUUGGUACUUGAAGUCAAUUUAGAGCAAUCUACUCAUUUAAGUAAUAAACGUGUUGAACUUUUCAAAAAUCAAUUAUCAAAAGCUACAAAAGAGGUCAACAGUUUAAGAGAAUCUAGUUCAGCAUUAGAAGCUUCAAAAUUUGAAUUAGAAAAGAAAUUGACUGAAUUGGAAAGUGAAUAUAAAUCAUCCACAUCUACUUCACAAUUGAAUCAAUCUAAAAUUGAUGAAAUAUUAGCUGAUAAAAGAAGUACAGUUGAACUCUUAGAAAAGAAAAAUAGAGAAAUUGAAGAUUAUAAAAAUGAAUUAAAUCAAUUACAAGAUUCUAAUAGUAAUCUUCGUAAAGAGUUGAUUGAAUUAGAAACUACAAAUCAAACCACUGCUUCAAGUCUUACACAUUCAAAAUUUAAGAUUCAAUCAAAUGAAACUCAAAUUGAUCUAUUAACCAAGAGCAAUGAUUGGCUGAAUAAAGAAAUCAAAACUAUUAGUGAAGAUUUCUCAGAAUAUAGAAAACAAAAAUCACAUGAAUUAUCUACUUUACAAUCUGAUUAUGAUAAUAAAGUUGCUGAAUUUAAUAGUCUGAAAUCAAGAUUUGAUAAUUUAUCUUCAAGAUUUGCUGAAACAAAUACUAAAUUAGAUAAUGCUCUGGUUGAGGUUAAGAAAUUAAACGAUGAAAAAUCUGUUAGUCAAGAAGAAUUUUUCAAAGAAAUUUCAUUAAAAGAUCGUCUUGUUAAAUUACUUACAAAAUCAAAUGAUGAUGCAAAAGCUAAAGUUACACACCUUGAAGAACUAUUAGAUAAUUCAAAAUCUGAUGUUGCUAAUGAAUCUGGUGUUUUGAAAACAGAACUUGAAAAAUAUCAAAGAUUAGUCGAACAAAACGAACUCAAAAUUCAACAACUUGAAACAACUAUUGAUGAUUUGACUCGUACAAAUGUUUCAAGUGAUCCUUCAACUCCAGUUUUAACACCUGCAGCUCAAGCAGCAGCAGCUAAAUUUCCAGGUAUAUCAUUAAGUCAAUUAUAUUCUGAUUUCUCAUUACUGAAGAAACAAUUGACACGUGAACGUCGUGCUAAGGAACGUAUGCAACACCAAAUUGAUGCAUUUGUAAAUGAAUUAGAACAAAAGGCACCAUUAAUUAAUGCUACAAAGGAAAGAGUUGAAAUUUUAGAAAAUGAACUUACAAACUUAUCUAUUAUCUUAGAAAAUACUACAAAUGAAAAAGAAUCAAUUGAAAAAUCAUACACUGAAUUAAAUAACAAAUUACAAGCUUCAUCUACACAAAUUUCUACUUUGAAUAAACAGAGGGUGGAUUUAGCUCGUCAAGUACAAAGCUUGCUGGUUCAAGUCUCUAUUCGUGGUGAUUCUCAAGGUCCUUUAACUCCUGCUGAAAAGGCAGCUUUCAAUAGAAUUGCCAAUGGUGAUGAAGUUGUUAACCAAAGUGAUACUGAUAGAUUAAUUUCUGAAAGACUGGUUGUUUUCCAAAAUGUUGUUGAUUUACAAAACAAGAAUCAAGAAUUAUUACGUAUUACUAGAGAAUUAGGAUCAAGAUUAGAACAAGAAGAACAAACUUCGAAAUCAAGACUGGAAAGUUUAGAAAGCUCAGCUAUUAGUGAAGCUAAAGAUGCUAUCAUUACAUUACAAGAAGAAAUCAAAUCUACUGAAACUAAAUUAAAUUCAGUUACAAGAGAACGUGAUAUGUUCAGAUCAAUGCUGUCAAAUAAAUCAACUCAAAAUUAUCAAAAUAUUCUUACAGGUGACUUAUCCUCAUCAGCUCCAAACAACACAGAUGAAUCAAGUAAACAACGUUUAGAUCAAUUAGAAAGAGAAUUAAAACUUACUGAAGAACAAUUGAAAGCUAUCAGAGUUGAAUCUGAAACCACAAUCAAUUUAUUAAACAAACAGCUCAAUGCAUUAUCAUCAGAAAAAUCAGAGCUUGCGAUUAAUCUUGCAAAGGAGAAAUCAUCAAACACUUUAGUUGAAGAAAGAUAUAAAUCAUUACAAGAAAACAUCAAAUAUUCUAGAUCAGAAAAUGUCGAAUUGCGUAAAAGAAGUGAAUUAUUACAAGAAAACUUAGCCAAACAAGAUCAAAGAACUCAACAAGUUGCUGAAGAAUUAAUACAAACUAAAUCAAUGAUUGAAAGUUUGAGAUCAGAAACUUCCAAUUUGAAAGCUGAAAAACAAUUGUGGAAGUCCAUUGAAAAGAGAUUAACCGAAGAAAAUAUUUCCUUAAUUGAAGAAAAAUCAAAAUUAAAUAGCUUAUUAGUUAACCUGCAAAGUUUGGAAAGAGAACGUGAAUCUAAUGCUUCUGAAUCCCAAAAACGUUUGGUUGCUCAAACUGAAGCUUUAGAAAAAGAAGUUUCAAACUUGAGACAAAAGAUCAAUGAUGGUGCUAAUGAAUUGAAAGAUGUUUUAACUCGUAAAGAAGCUGAUGGUCAUGUUUAUCAAGAAAAGAUUGAUGCUUUAAGAUCUGAGAUUGGUACUGCUAGAGAAGAAUUGAUAACAAAGAAAGCUGCUUUAGAUCAAGUUCAAGCUCAAGUUGAAAUUUUAACUUCCAAAUUAGCAUCGACUGAAACUAGAUUAAGAGAUUUGCAAAACAUCACAAGUUCAGAAACUUCUGAAUCAACAUUGGUUCAGGAAACUUUACAAUUGAGAUCUGAAUUAGAAGAAGCUAAAGCCAACUUAGAAGAAUCAAGUAACAAUGUUCUUGAAUUUAAAAAGAUUGCUAGUGCCGCCGAAGAAGCUUUGAAGAGCAUGAAUGAAACUUUUGAUGAUUACAAGACAAAUACUGGUAAUAAAGUUGCAAAAAUAGAAAGUGAAAACAAGACACUCAAUGAACAAGUUUCAGUUUUAAAUGAUCAAAUUACAUCUUUGAAUAGUGAACUAAUUCAACAAAAGGGUGCUUCUAUCAAAGAAUUGGAUACUGCUAAAGAAGAACUUGAAACAUUACGCUCAAAAGUUACUGAUAGCUCUAAAUUACAAGAAGAAUAUGAUGCCAAAGUCGCUGUUAUUGAUAGUUCUUAUAGACAACAAGUUGCAAUUGCUACUGAGGCCCAACAAAACUAUGAAAAAGAAUUACAAAAACAUGCUGAAGUUGCUAAAGCUGUUUCACUUUUGAGGGAUGAAUCAAAUGGAUUGAAAGAAACUAUUCAAAAAUUAAGUACAGAAGCUAAACAAUCAAAAGAAGAAUUAGAAAAGUCACGUUCAAGUUGGGAAUUACAAAGAUCAACAUUAGAAGAAGAGUUGACUAAUGCUAAAAAUAGAGUUGAAGAUCUUUCAUCACAAAAUCAUAUAUUGUACAAUCAAAUUGAAUCAUUAUCCGCAAAACAAUCAUCAUAUGAAGCAAGAGAUGUUGAAGACGGGGAUUUGAAUUUGGAUGAUCCAAACAAUGAGUUAAGGGAAUUGAUUGGGUUGUUGCGUCGUGAAAAGGAAAUCUCAGAUGCUCAUUUAGAGGUUGCUAAUAGGGAUUUAAAACGUGUCAGUCAGAAAUUAGAUUUGGUCACCACUGAACUCGAUAGAUCAAGAUUAGAAUUAAACAAAUUACAAAGUCGUGAUGUUGAUGCUGAACGUCUUGCUCAAGAUCAUCAAAAAUUAUUGGAAGAAAUCAACCAAUUGAACCUAUUGAGAGAAAGUAAUACAACAUUGCGUAAUGAACUUCAUAAUAACAGUGCUAGAGUUGUUGUACUUGAAAAGCAACUUUCAGAAUCACAAGCAAAACUUGAACCUUUGGAAACAACUAUUGUUAAGUUGAAUGCUGAAAUUACUCAAAAGGGACAAGAAUUGAGACUCACAAUUGAAGAAAAAGAUCGCUGGAAACAAAGAUCUCAAGAUAUUUUGAAUAAAUAUGACCGUGUUGAUCCUCAAGAACAUGAUAGAAUAAAGGGAGAAAUCAAGACACUCACAGCUAAGAAUCAAGAAUUGACCAAAGAGCUCGAAGAACAAAAGAAGAAUGUUACUGAUACAAGUGAUAGAUUAGAUCGUUUGAAAAAAGAAGCUCAAGACAAAUUGAAGCGUAGCAGUGCUCAUGCCAAAUUAGUAUCAUCUCAACUUCAAGAAGCUCAAAAUGAAUUAAAGACUUUGAAAGAAUCAGGUAAUACUGAUAAUGAUAAGUUACAGAACCAAGUUAAAGAUCUUGAAUCAAAAUUGGCUAAUGCUUCUACAGCUGAUAAAUCAAAAGAAGCUGAACAAGAAGCUGAAAAGGCUAAAAAGGAGCUUGAAACUGUACGUGCAUCUUUGAAUGAAACCAAAGCUGAUCUUGAAAAGUCUAGAGAAUAUGAAAAGAAGUUUAAUGAAUUAUCUGCAUUAAAAGUAGAAUUGGAAAAUAAAGUCAAAUCAUUAGAAAAUGAGAUUAAAGUUUUGAAAGAAUCUUCAAAUAGCACAUCAUCAAAUGAGCCAAACACUGAGCCUUCAGCUGAGCUAAAUACUUUACAAGAGCAGCUAUCAGCCAAAAAUCAAGAAAUCGAAGAGGUUAAGAAACAGUUCGAAGCUGAAAAGGAAAAAUAUAAAACUGAGCUUGCUGCAAAAGCUGUAUCAUCACCAGCUCCACAAAAUACAUCUGAAGAAGCUUUGAAAGCACAAGAAGCCAAGUUACGUGCUGAAUUUGAAACUGAAUCCGCUAAAAAGGUUGAACUUGCUUUGGAAGAUCUGAGAAGAAGACUUCGUGAACCAAGUGAAGCUAAGAUUAAAGCAGUAAUUGAAUCAAGAUCUGAAAAACUUAAAAAAGAAACUGAAGCCAAAUUGAAAGAAUCCACCACCAAACUGGAACAAGAAUAUAAGAAGAAAUCUGAAGCUUUAGAGAAAGAAUUUAAAGAAAAAUUAAGUAAAGCAGGUGCUUCAAACGGCUCGGAAUCCCCAGAUGUUGCUAAAAUCAAAGCAGAAUAUGACGAAAAAGCUGCAGAGUUGAAAAAAGAGUUAGAAGAAGUCAAAAAGAAGUCAUUCAAUGAGGGUCGUGAAGCUACUCUGAAGGAGACUGGUAUGCGUACCAAAUUAUUACAAGGUAAAGUUGAGAAACUUACAAAGGAAAAGAAAGAACUGGAAGAAAAAUUAAAUGCUACCAAGUUACCAUCUAUUCCAGGAAAACCAAAUAUCCCACCUAAUGUUAAUCAGAAUCGUGGCAACUCCAAAAUACCAGUGAACCCUGGAAAACAACAAGGUAGAGUCUAUCCUCACAAUGUCCAACAACAACUUAAAUCUCAAAAUCAACAGCAAGGUCAAAACGCUGGUGGAAAGAAUGAAAACUCAACACUAAAACGUCCUGCUGAUCAACAACCAACAGCUGCUCCACAAGAAAAGAAAAGUAAAAAUGACAAUUAA